AUGGGCAGACUACAAAAAGAAACCUGGAAAGGCAGGACUGUUUACAACCAGAGUCAAAAGGAUAUCCUCCAAGGGGGGCCUGGGAGGCAUUUACAGCUUGUUCUGGGCACCCUAGCGUCAGAAAUAAAAGCAUGGCCCCACAGCUGGGUGCGACAGAAUACUUACCAAAAGCAGCCAGAGAAGACGACAUCCAUCACAAGACCUCAAUCACAUAUCCUACUUCAAGCUUUUGAGAGGAACCAAUUCCCUGAUAUUACAACCAGGAAAAAACUGGCUAAAAUAACAGACAUUCAGGAAUCAAGAAUUCAAAUGUGGUUUCAGAAUUAAAGAUCUCUAUACCCAAGGCAGAGAAGUGAGUCCAUGAAUUCCUUGGCUGACAGCCCAAAUGCAAGACCAGGAGUCCUCUGUCUCUUGUGUGAACCAAGGACCAAGCGUCAUGAUGGUACAGCCCAUAAAGACUAUGCAGAGAGAAUUCUCUACUCUCCUCGGAAUUACCGGCCAAUACCAUCAACUCUGCGAGUCUCAGAUACUCAGGCUCCUUUCUGGCUGCCAAAGCAAGAAAAGUGCCAGAAUCACAAAGAAUAGAAGCACAUAGGAGUACUACAGUUGAAGGACUACUCUCAGCCUCAUCCUGAGCACCAAAACCACCAACUGCAGGAUCUGGGGCAGGUAGACAUUAUUCUGCGAUGGUGGGAUGAAAUCUGCCAGACUCUGAUUGCAAAGUGGGAUCCUCGAGGAGAGACACACUGA